GAUUCAAAUCUACUCCCCCUUUGAUGAGUUCAACUUUCAAACAAUGGUUCUGGUAUAGUUCAAGACAUCAAUCAAUGCUGUUUUAAAAAUUAUGGAUGAAACUUUUGCUACAGAGGCGAUUGAAAUUGAAAAUCACGAAAUGACCCAUUUCGCAGGUGUGGAACCCCGGUUGAACCUAAAUCAGAACCAGGGAAGUUUUUUGUCCACUUUUUCUUCGAGUUCUUGUGUCAUCUCUCAUACGAGAUUUGCUCGGAUGUUGGUUUAUGGACUUUUGAUUAUCACUUGCGUUCCUUUUGUUGCUGGAGCAGCCUUUAUGAGUAUUUUCAUUGAGGAUGGGAACUACAAUGCUGCAGUCGUUGCGUUUUUCACAGCUUGCCUCUCUCUGGGAUCGGCGUCCGUGUUUCUCUUGCACCUGUUGCGAAAACUGGAGACCUACCACGACCACCGUACUCUUGAAGACCUCAAAAUCCUGGGCAUGAUCACGAGUGUCGGAUCCGGAAUCUCACUUGGAGUAUACACCAUCUUCGCAUUUUUCUACUCCCAAUCUUUUAAUCUGCACGGAGAGAAUUAUUUCUCGUCAGCUGUUUUCGCCGGCAUUUGUUUGGCCUGCAGCAUAGAGCUCUACAUCGUCGCUCAGUGGUAUCAAAAUGCAAUAAACGCUAAUGAAAUGUCUGCACGGGCAGCAGCCAUGGAAAUAAACUCUUAUUCUGUUCGACCAACAACGUCUGCAGUGAUGAACUGAACGCACGCCAAACUAAGGUUGUCAAAUCUUCCUAAUGGAUUUUACAGACGGAAGAAAUUUAUCCCCCCCCCGUACUUCUCAAGAAAAACAUCAUCUUCGAACUUAUUUCUUCAAGAUCAAGAUGAGCGAAUUGAACUGACUGUAUUCUUGACAACUGUAUAGAUGUGCCUAUAAAUUUUGAGAAUAUUUAUAGUAUUGGAAGCGAAUUUGAUGUAUAUCGGAAAAGCUAUAUUGUACAAUAAUGGAAUUUAACAGUGAUUAUAUAAGAAACUCUUUAUAUUUUGCACUGCUUCAAUAUUAUAAAACUAUAUUGUACAGUAUUGUUUUCCCAAAUUUUGCAAUAUCAAACAGAAUUGAGUGCUACUUCUGAAAUUGAAGAAAUUUCUGAAAUUCUUAUGUGUGAUGUAGUGAUUUAAAAGAGCCCCCAAGAAAUUUCUUGUUAAAAAAUACAUCGGAAUUUUCUCUUUUAUACAAAUAUUUGAGCUUUGGAUCUUAAGAUAAAUACUUAUACACUUGUUAAUUUUUCACUUAAGAAUUCCAAACAUCUUUUUACAGCUAAUAAGAAAGUCAACAUCUACUAACAGUUUUAAAUAGUAAAAAAACAAAAUUCUUUAAAUUAAAUUUAUACUUGUAGUGGCUCCAAAACUUAUUAUUUUUUCUACAAAUAUUCGCCACCUUAGUGAGUCCUUUAAGUUUAAAUAUUCUUGACUAAUAGCCAUACACAAGACCAAUUCAAAAGAUACUAUAUAGGCUUGGCGUAUACGAUUAAUUGCUUCUACAACAAGUAGUCUAAUAGAGAUAUAUUUAUGAAUCGGACUUUCAACUCAAAUGUCUAAUUAACAGAGAUUAACAUACUCCGUUUCAUAUGACACAUUGAUACUUAAAUUGAAGAUUAUACUGUUUAAUAUAAAAUAAGAAAUAUUUUUUAAAAUUGUUUUUAUAAAUUUUUGUAAGAACAUGUAUAUCUUAUAGUUUGUGUGUAUAUACAGAACUAAGAAAUUUUACAUUAAUAAAAAUAUCAAUAUAUGAAUGAGUAAAUUCAGAUACCUUAAAUAGUAAUAGUACUU